CACUCUUUCAUUCCUCCUCCGCGAUUGAAACAAAAUCGUCGAUACAGUAGUGAAAAUAAGAAAAAACGAAAGCCGAAAUAUCGAGUCACGGCCACGAAGACGAAGCAUAAUAACGAAGGAGGUCGAAGGGAGAGGAGAGCCGACCAGGUCGAGACGCGCCGCACUCCCUUAGUCAGCUUCGGACGACCAAGGUGCUCCCAGGAAUACGGUCAACGCACUCGCUCCGACGCUCCUCCAGGGACAACAGCCGAAGCCACAGAGAUGACGAACCCGCUGACGUGUCUUCUGGUCCUUGUGCUGCUAAGUGUGACGAGCGUUGACGGGGAGCAGAAUGGACUGCAGGAAACAGGAAGAACAAUUCUUUCGCCAGAUGAAGCAGCUGGCAUGCACGUCGUGGUGUCGCAAUUCUUCAGCGGAGGAGGACUGCUGCUGGCCUGCUUCUACGUCCUGCUGCACUUGUUCAAGCCUCUCUACACCCUCUUCACCGAGCCUCCCGCAGAAGGUGCAGACCAUGGUGCUGAUGCCCAUGGAGGUGGUCACAGGAGCCUAUUGAACAGUUCCUCUAUCAACGGAUUGGAGAAAUACAAAGAAGCUCAGCGACUUGGAGCGACUUUUGAUGACUGUCAACUGCACUUCCAAUGCUCGCGUCUUCCCUUGGGCUUCAGCUAA